UCCCUUAGAAACGUCAUGAUAAACAUCUCAGAUAACUGUCUGCAUGAAGAGGAACUUGUCAGGACUGUUACAUUACAUCUUGGCACUGAACGGAGAAAAUGGCAAGGAGUCAACAGGCGGACAGGGAGCUCACCGAGGUGCUGAACCAGCUCUGGAUCCUCGACACAAACCGCCUGCGGCCGGGCACGGACUACAUCAUCUCCCUUCAGGGGAAGGCAGGCUAUGUGGCUCAGGGCAGUAACUACGCCAGAGACAGGGCCAGAGCUCCUCUCUUCACUUACGUCAACGAAGACAAACUCAAGAGUAUCGAGACAUAUUUACAUUUCGUCAACCUGCUGGACAAUUAUGAGACGUCCACAGGCGUACAAGAGGAAGUGACUUCAGAGGAGCUGAAAGAGAACAGGCUGUUUAUCGACGCCAUGAUGGAGACCGCUGUCAUGAAGUUUGCUCACGGAUAUCUGUCCAACAAAGGACAGUCCCCGUCAGACUGCGAUCAGUUCAAGAGACAGCUGUAUGACAUCUGGUUCAGACUGUACCAUAGGGACAGGAGCGGAGGUAAGGAUUCCUGUGGAUUUGAACAUGUGUUUGUGGGAGAAACCAAGUUCGGCCGGGAGAUCUUGGGUCUGCACAACUGGGUCCAGUUCUACCUGCAAGAGAAACACGACCAUCUGGACUACAAAGGCUACAAAGCAAGAGCAAACAAGAAUACCCCGGAUGAGGACGAUCACGUCCUGAAUCUGCAGUUCAGUUGGAAAGGUUUGGUGAAGGCGGUCGGCGGCGUCUUCAUCGGCGUCAGUCCAGAGUUUGAGUUUGCUCUCUUCACCAUCAUCUUCCUCAUGUCGACGGAGAAGAGGACGUCUGUGGAGGUGAAGGUGGACGAGUACCUGCUGGAGCUCAUCGUCUAUCGGAACGGGCAAUGCAUCGGCACGUCUUAUCCCAAACUGCUCAGCAGCAACCAAUGGGAUUAGUAACAUCGCUCCAUAGGCUGCGACUUUUCAUGAACAUAUUUUCAUGUUAAGCAGUUUGUGUAACACUUUCAUUCCUAUAAGUAUAACCCUAAACCAAAUCCAGAUUAUUCUUGCACUAAACGCCAGGCUUAAACUUUCUAUAAUUAUUAUUUUUUCCUAAAACUUCUGAACUGGAUUGGUAUAAUGAAGCUUGUUAAGUAUUAAGAUGUCCUUUUCUGUUUGCUAUCAUGGAGUGAAUAAAUGUUUCUUUAUAUAAAAAGUCGUUUUUA